AUGAGGCACCAGCACCUGAAGCACCAGCCACAGGAAGCUCAUCUGAUGAGGGAGAGUCCUUUUGAGGGUCUGGUUAUAUUGGCUGUGACUGCCAGGGUCUUCAUCAUUAUCAGCUGAAGACCUGGACCAAUGGAGUAGUGCGAUCCUCACCACAUUUAUCCAGCCAGGAGAGAGCAUCAUCCAUGGAAGGUUCAGUGGCUGCACUAUCAAGCUCCAAUGCAGAGGCUUCUCACUCCGUCACACAGGCCUCACUUGCCAUACAGUCAUCUCUUAGGAAGCCAGGACCAGAAGUGUAAUCUUGUGUCGCAUUCAAGGUGAUUCAAUUGACCUGGUGUCUGCACCACCCACUCAUGUCCUGCACAACCAGGGAUCUUGUUAAUGUCUGGUUCCCAGUUGUCAGUGAGUUUGCGUUUCCUUCUGCAUCUCCUAUUAGCCACAAGAAUUGGAUCAACAUUUAAGAAGAAUGCUUUACAGUAAAUUUUUUCUUUCAGAAAACAGAAAUGAGUUCCAAUCCCCCUGAGACACACACACUCUAAGGGGUCGGAAGCACACUGAGAAUUUAAGGGUUAACUGCCUUGCUCAAAGGCACAACGGCAGGAGAUGACAUGGAGAGAGGCUGGCCUAGCCAGGAAAUGACUGCUGCGUAUUUACCAGGGGUUGCUCUGGUCCCCCUGAUGAACUUUGAUCCGAAGUGGGUCAACCAAACGGAUGUGUAGCACAGCCAUUUCCCUACAUAACUACCUAAUUGUAUUUGAUAUGACAUUGUCUUCCCCUUUAGUUAGUUACUGCAAAAUAGGGAUCUCUACUCUUCCCUUUACAAUUGUGUUGGAUUUUAUGAAAUAUAUUAUGUUGUUCUAAUUUAUAUCACUUUUCAAUUAAUACAUGUUAGUGUGUACCAAAGCAUUCUAAAUUUACCUCAACCCUGAGCUACUCUCUGUCUUAGUGUCACGCCCUGACCUAUAGAACUCUUGUUUGUUGAGUCAGGGUGUGGAAAUCUAUGUUAUAUUUUCUAUGUUUAUGUUCUAGGUGUUGUAUUUCUAUGUCUGGCCGGGUAUGAACCCCAAUCAGAGGCAGCUGUUGCUCAUUGUCUCUGAUUGGGGAUCAUACUUAGGUAGCCCAUUGCCUACUGUGUAUUGUGGGAUCUUGUUCCUGUUAGGCUGGUAUGUGUAUAGCCCUUCGGACUUCACGUUACGUUGUUUCUUGUUUUGUUGCAUGUUUAUUUAGUUAAUAAACAUGUACGCUUUUCACGCUGCACCUUGGUCCGACCCAUCUCUCAACAUUCGUGACACUUAGUCAAACAUCCAAAAGCCACAAUGUUUCUACUUUGAUUGGGCAACAAACUUUGUCAGAUUUGUCUGAACUAUUUUCAUGAAAAUUGAAAAAUAAAUAAAUGGAGAUUAAAAUAAAGUAAUAACUGGCUAACCCUACAUGAUGGUACAACUACAGAAUUAGCUAAAUUAUUAAAAUUACUACCAUUUCUCUACCUGUGGAAUAUUUCCACCUGUUUCGAUUUUAUGCUACUACAGUUUCUCAAUGCUUGGUGAGAUGCCUGCAGGAAAAGGAAGAGCGGGAGGGCAGGGGUGGAGUAUUUUGUGCAUUCCACCUCUGUCAGAAAUGACCCCCAAAUUCCUAGAAAUAGCCUAGGUUAGUUGAUUAUUCAUUAUUUGUAAGCAUUAAAAGCAUUAGAAUCCCAAAAGAUCAUUCAUUAUUUGUAAGCAUUAAAAGCAUUAGAAUCCCAAAAUAUCUUCCCCCUUUUUCAACAAUAUUUCAAAUAAAAUGUCAACUCUUAAAGUAUAAUGGGAGUCAUGUGCAGGAAGUAGGUCAAUGUUACAGCAUUUAUAUAAGCAGUGAGGUAAGGCGAUAGCAGAAACCAUCACGUGCCACAUGCUGGGGGGAAACUGGGAGAAAGCCAGUGGUUAGACGCCCUCUCAUGGUGACUUGUACUAGGGACAUGGAAACUCAUCACGUGCUGCCUGACAGCAGGGAGAAACUGUCUGAGCCAGAGGUUGGUGUCUGCUAGGCUGAUUUAGGUUGAUGAGUUCAUUCACCUCACCUGCCAGGCUUAUAGCUUUCAAGAUGAUCAGUUACAAGCUGGAAGGUCAUUUACAGUUAGCUGAACUUAAAACUGAUUUACACUGACGAACAUUUGUCAAUAGGCAUACAAUGGAGAGUUUAUUUAUAGUCCUCUCAAGUGGAUGUUAGUUAGUGCAUACACACUUAUCAUGUGACUGAUCAACACAAUAACAUUUAUAUUUAUAAGAUGUUCUAAAAUUAUUUAUCUUUUGAAACUUUUUACACAAUAUUGAGUUACACUCCCAGGCACCUUGUAAUUAUACAAGGUUCCAACCAUAUGUAUGGGUUGCUUGAAGUCAACAUCCAUUGAGUUGGUAUUUUUGCCAUCUUCUGGGCAAAGCAAGUAGCUGCAAGCAUCCAUUCAUUAUUUUCUCAGUCCUCAGUUGAGUGUUUCAAUUGAGGAUCGGGGAUAUGUGAAUGUCUUUUAUGGAGGUUGUCAAAAUUGGCAAAUAUAAAAAUCAGAGGAAUUCAACAAAACACCAACCCAUUUUGUCUCUAGGUCCUCGAGUGGCGCAGUGGUCUAAGGCACUGCAUCGCAGUGCUAGCUGUGUCACUAGAGAUCCUGGUUCGAAUCCAGGCUCUGUCGUAGCUGGCCGCGACCAGGAGACCCAUGGGGUGGCGCACAAUUGGCCCAGCGUUGUCCAGGGUAGGGGAGGGAAUGGCCGGCAGGGAUGUAGCUCAGUUGGUAGAGCAUGGUGUUUGCAACGCCAGGGUUGUGGGUUCGAUUCCCACGGGGGUAUAAAAAAUAAUGUAUGCACUAACUGUAAGUCGCUCUGGAUAAGAGCGUCUGCUAAAUGACUAAAAAUGUAAAUGUCUCCGUAAGGGUGUCAGUGCUACAAUAAUGCAUCGAUUUGACUGUGGAGGAAUUACAAAUGAUGAGAAAUCAAAACUAAUGUGUCAGUUUUGUAUGGUUCUUGUGCCUGUGGUUUAGGACCUUUACCCAUAGGAGAAAACAAUAGCCUUCCUGUCUCUCGGCCUGACGUCAUAACCCCACGCCUGGCAGGAGCCAUGCCUCAUGUCAUAACCCCACACCUGGCAGGAGCCAUGCCAAUCCAAGAGCUGCCUAGGAAACGGAAGGGGGAUCUAGACAACAGGUAAGAGCAGAGAGACCUCACCUAUCAUAAAGUAGCAUAAAAAGAACAACAUUCUUAUUUUUGUCUCUUACCCGGUGGACUUAUAUUUUGUGUUCUCUAUGUCUUGCAGGGAAAAUGGUGAUGCUCAAAUGGAGGAGGAACAGAGCAGGUAUUUGAAUUCUUUAGAAAUUAUUUUUUAUCUUGGCAAGAUCUCUCAGGGCCAGGCCAGGUGAUUAAAUUAAUCAUUUUAAAUAAUCAUAUAUAUUUCCCAUUCCAAUUUAGAUCGGAAGACGAUGAUCAGCAGGUCAAAAUGAAAUGCUUCAGGUAAGAGCCUGGGCGUACAUAUUCAUUUGGUAUAUUGAAAGGGAGUUAAAGGCCCAAUGCAACCGUUUUUAUCACAAUAUCAAAUCCUUUCUGGGUAACAAUUCAGUACCUUACUGUGAUUGUUUUCAAUCAAUAUGGUAAAAAAGAAACAAAAAUAGCUUCUUAGCAAGAGCAGUUUCUCAAGCAAGAAUUUUGCUAGGACUGUCUGGGAGUUGUCUGAGUGGGGAGGGGAAAACCAGCCGGUAUUGGCAGAGCGGUUUGGAACUCUCUUUCUUAUUGGUCUAUCAACUAAUUUACCAACAGGCAGGCCAAAACUCCAUCCCACCAAAACAGGCUGAAAUUUCAGGCGGUCAUUUCAAACAGAUCUUACACUAAAAAGGCAUUAUCAUAAUUUUCACAAUUUCACAGUAUUAUUCCAACCUUUGGUGUGGAAAUAUAUAUAAAACACAGGAAAAUCACAUUUCUGGCUGCACUGGCCCUUUAAAGUAUGCUUUAGGCCUAUCCUCUCAAGUUCAGUAAAAAACAAGAGGAUACUUUAAUAUUAUAAAUGACCUAAUACUACACUCGGGUGUGUUUUUUGUGUGAUUAUUGGCACUCUAUGAAGCUGGUGGUACGAUGCGAGCGACCACAUCACCAUAACGCCAAUAAUAACAAUAACACACACCCUCUCAUGUGUUGUUGUUUUAAUAAAUGAUAUCAUGCUGACUUGAUAGCAACAAGCUUCACCUUGCCUCAGCCCGUAGUGAGAUAUGUGUGUGAGAGAGAAAUACGUGUAUUUGUGCCCUCACUCACAGGGAGCCACACAGCCAAAUUGAAAAGCGGAGGAGGGACAAAAUGAACACCCUUAUCGACGAGUUGUCAGGGAUAAUUCCCUCCUGUAACCCCAUGGCCAGAAAGCUUGACAAACUCACGGUGCUGCGAAUGGCUGUGCAGCACCUCAAAGCCCUGAAAGGUAGGCCUCAUUAUCCCAAAACUGCCCCUACAACACGGUACCACACCAGGCAAUCUGUGCAGCACCACACAUCUCUUUAAGGUAGAUCUCAUAAAGCUACACUAAUGCAGUUAGUCUUGGACACAUGGUGGCUGCAAAAUACACAGCUGUGCACAAAUAGCUUGGUUCAUUGCUGAUAAUAUAUAUAUAUAUAUAUAUAUAUAUAUAUAUAUAUAUAUAUAUAUAUAUAUUUAAUAUUUAUAUAUAUAUAUAUAUUUAAUAUUUAUAUUUAAUAUUUAUAUAUAUUUUUAACUCAAGUUGUGGUAUAAAUGUCAAGCUCCUAAGGGACAGGUACAACACAGACUAACAGCUCAGUGCUGUGUUCGUCUCCUCAGCAGGUGCCAGCAGCUCCUUUACUGACGUUAACUACAAACGCAAGCCUUCGUUUCUGCCUCAGGAUGAUCUCAAGCACCUGGUGCUCACGGUAGGCCGCCCUUCAAUCUGUCUCAAUCUCUUUCUCAAUCAACCAAGAGCAAUCCCAUUUGGUAUUGUGGCAGCAGUCACAACAGUGGGGUAGGAUUAUGUAGUAUGUCGAUUUACAGUUUUUGUGUGUUGGGUCUACUAGGCUCCAAAAAUAGCUGAGAAUCUUGGUAUUAAUAUGGGAAAUAUAAUAUCUACAAUUGUGUGGUUUUUACUUUAAAAGUGCCGCAUUUUAUCCAAAGUUAUGAGAGACUGGUGGACAUGUUUGUCACGGUUUCGGCCGAGACUGCUCCUCCUCCUAGUUCGGGCAGGCUUCGGCGUUCGCCGUCCCCGGAGUACUAGCUGCCACCGCUCUAUGUUUCGUCGUUUGAUUGCUUUUGUCUGUCUGUUACACCUGUGUCCAUUUGUGUGUUGAUUACGUGUCUUAUAAGUUCCUUGUUUUGCACUAGUAUGAUUGUGUGUUGUUAUGACUGCCACUGUGUCGGAGCUACGUGUUUGCACCCUGUUUGUUUUGUGUUUAGUGUUUACGCGUGUGCGUAAUUUUCCCUCGCCUCUUGGUGUAUGUCGAGGUCGGGGUUUUCUCGUAAGCAUUAGACUAUUAAAGUCUGUUGGACUUAACCUCUGUGUCCUGCGCCUGACUCUUCCACCACAUCCACAUCGGUUCUAGUGACAAUGUUUCUCCUUUAGACUUUAAGUCUACACUUUAUUUUAAGGACAGUACCUCAGGCAUACCCUCUGGGUUUGCUACAGUAUUUUUUAAAUUCAGUUGUUAACUCAUUUCACUCUGGGAAAUCCCUGUUAAGAACAGGAUGUGUCAACGGCUCCAGUUCUUUCCCCUCGCUUGGAGUGUUCUGUUGUAUAACCUUUGCCAGCUCUGAUCUCCCACAAGUGUGCAUGUUUGUCACACACAGUCUGCCAUUUUGGAGUAAACAGAGGGAGUGGAUACACACUGAUGGUUUCAAAAUACUGUAGCAGUGUCAGUGUUUUCAUGGAUUGAAAUAUAUUGAGGUCGUGCCGUGUCUCUUUUUCCCAGGCUGCAGAUGGGUUCCUGUUCGUGGUGAGUUGCGACAGGGGGAAGAUCCUCUUUACCUCAGAAUCCGUCUCCAAGUUCCUCAACUACAGUCGGGUCAGUGAACUGGUUAUACUUAACCCUCCCGUUGUCCUAGGGUCAAAAUGACCCGCCACUGUGUUGAACCAACUUUAUUAAAUUUUUAUAUUUUUGGGAUCAUUUGUGAGAAGGAGGCAGUGAGACUUUAAAGAAAGUAUCACUGCCUCCUUCUCACAAAUGAUCCAAAAAAUAUAAAAAUUAAAUAAAGUUGGUUCAACACAGUGGCGGGUCAUUUUGACCCUAGGACAAGGGGAGGGUUAAGCAAUAAGGCCCGAGGGGGUGUGGUAUAUGGCCAAUAUACCACGGCUAAGGACUGUUCUUAGGCACAACACAACGCGGAUAAUUACUAAAUUGAGCUAAUUAUUGAGGUCACUAUCACUCAAUCCUAUUUAGGAAGAGUCCAUUACUUAACAGUGCUAUCCCAUUCAUUUAGUUCCAUGGUUCGGUUUUCUUUGGCCAUUUGUAACAGGCAGCCCAUGCCCCUACCACUCCCAUUGAUUUUUAGCUAGCGGUGGCUAAAGUUAUCUGAAGUUUGUAGUGGCUGUCUAAAGAAAACCGAGCCAUGGAUUAUAUUUUCUCCUGGCCCAUAGACUACUUACAGGGCGAGGAACUAUCUAAGAUUAAAUUGUAAAAUACUAAAUUCCCCUUUAAUACCUUGUAAUUUCUGUACCAUAGUAAAGUUAUACCUGAAUCUGUUUCAUGCUUUAUAUUGUGGAGGUGAUGCUUGAAGUGAAGACCGGAGGUUUAACCAGAAAGUUCCGGUGGUUCUGAAGUGGGGAUCUGAAUCAGUUGUUUCCCCUAGUUCAGAAGUAUAGUUGGCUAGCUAGCUAGCUCACACAAGAUUUGGUUCCGGGUUCUGAGAUGAAUAGUUUGGUUCUGAUAAUUAAAGUGCUGUUUUUGUUUACAGUUGGAACUAAUUGGACAGAGUCUUUUUGAUUAUGUCCACCCAAAGGACAUUAGUAAAGUGAAAGAGCAGCUGUCAGCCUCAGGAUUAUACCCUCGCGAACGGCUCAUAGAUGCCAAAAGUAAGUCUGCAAAGACUUUAUUUAAAUGUAUCUGUUGCUGGGAUUUUCCUAUUUUAUUUCUCUCUGUGUUUUGUUUUGUUUGUGUCUUGUUGAAAUUCAGUUUAAGCUAUCUCACUAUAACGGUAUUACUUUAAAGAAAGCUACAGCUGUUAUUUCAGUUCUAUUAGCACAGGGGAAAGAGCAGAGAGCCUGGGUUCUGUUUGUUGUUGCUUUACUGGUUUCCACUUUGACCUCGUUCUCUUUUGAGGUCACAGAUUUGUACUUUUUAUGUUCCGUCUUCAAUGUUACGUUGUGUUUAAAAAUAUUUAUUAUAAAUAUAAUGUGAUGUUGUUGGAUCAUAGGCUCUCCCGGUUCUUUAGCAGGGUUACAGGUCCAGGACCUUCCUGUGGGAGCAGUUCAACUGUGUACAGGGGCACGGCGCUCCUUCUUCUGCCGCAUGAAGCACAGCAGAACAGUUAUGAAGACAGAAGACAAAACCAUCCAGCCCAGCAGCUCCAAGAAAAAGGGUGAGAGAGCCAUGCAGAUAGAACUUUCACUAAAUACAUCGUAAGAGCAGAGAGGAACGUGGUGGUCAUCAACCCAGAAGCACAAUGUAUUUUUCUUGAUUCCACCUCACUGAGGUAGUUGGUUAGCCCUGAUAGGGCCAUGAUUGGAAAUGCAUGUGGGGGUUAAAUGUAAACAUGUGUUUUAUGUGCACUGUCUACCCCUGUAGAGUCUCAACGAUACUGCACUGUCCAUUGCACUGGUUACAUGCGGAGUUGGCCCUCCACCCAGCUGGAUGCUGAGAGCGACGAUAACGAGUCCUCCCAUCUGUCCUGCCUGGUCGCUGUGUGCCGCAUUCACCCUAACAAUGCCUGUCAGCCCUCACGAGAGGUCAAGGUCAAACCCACCCAGUUUGUCACUCGCUUUUCAAUUGACGGCAAGUUCACCUUCGUGGACCAACAGUAAGUGGUGUCUCUUACACAACCCUUUUUGCGAUUUUCGCUCAUUAUUAAAUAUUCUUGGCAGGUGUUGGCAUAAUGUUGAACCAAUACUGUUCAUAAGGGGGCAUUGUGGGCAUAGCCUUCACCUGGUGAAAAACACUGGGAGGAAAAUAAAACCGAAUCUAUACCCUGUGAAAGUAACCACACCUUUCGCUUUACUUCUGGAUCAAGUCCGCUAAUCUUUUGAACGGGCUUCACGGUUAUAUAAUCAAAUUCGAAAUAUAUAUAUAUAUACAAUUACAUUCGCUUUUACAGAGUUUUUGCACUUAAGACCAUUGCGCUAUGUUUUUACCCAUUGAAGACCAUUCAAAAAACCUACAAAAGUUUUUAAAAAACUACAAUGCUGAGGGGCAGUCACUUCCUGGUAACUUUCAUAGCGUAUUGUUCUCAGAGUUUUGUUCAGAUUUGAUCUCUUUCAGCUGAGUUGAGUAUGUUUUGAUACAUACUGUAAUGUUAGCCAAGGCUACGGUAAGUUAAAAUGGCCUUGGCUAACAUUACAGUUAUACCCUGGGUAACCCAACCUGUGCUUGUAUUAACAGCCAAAGAAAGAAACAAAUAAAGAGAAAAGCAAUGACGUUGGUUAAGGCAGGCCUGGCAGGCAGUCAUCUUGGAUAGGGUUUGCCAUGGCACCCCCUACCAUACCACAGUGGCUGUAAGUGUAAUGGGGUUACCCCAAGUUUUCCAGCAACUGGUCUGAAUGCAUUCCAAAUGAGACAAUAUACCCCUUGAAGAGAUGACUGUACUGAUUAUUUCAAGAGAUGGCAACAGUACAUUACUAGUACUAUUGGUUUGAAAUAUUGAUAAUAGCUUUGCUAACUAGUGAGUUGAAAAAUGUUUACUUGGAACAUUGUGUUGGAAAUAUUCUUUUUUUAUAUAGUAAGCAUGUCAAGAUAAAUACGUUUUUACUUAUCGGUUGUCAAAUAGGCAGCUCCAUUUCACAACAGGAGCCCUUUCACGUAUGUGAAUUUGUUAUUGUGACCCAGGCUGUCCUAAAAUUUUACACUGGUGGUGAGAUCUUCUGACUAACAGCAGAGAGUGCAUUGAACGCGUCAGUCCAAUUUGAUUUAUGUUUACAGUAUAAUUCAUAUUAUCUGUCAGUAGUUUUAUUUUUGUUGCUUUUUAGUGAGAUUCUUUCUACUUUGGCAUUUGAUCCCAAUUCAGAGAACAACAACCCAGUUCACUUUACUGUGGUCAGAUGUUUGACAACCAUUCCAUUUACUCAUUUCCAUAGAAACAGAAAGGCUGCAUCAUGUAUAUUGAUGGUUAUAGUUAGUAUUUAUUGUGCCAUUCUGAAAUGAUGUACAUAGUUAGAGCUGGUAAGUGGACAGAAGAUAUCAACCUGGUACUGUAGUUGGUUUAUAGAGAAUAACAGCCUCCUUGUCUCUGUCCUUCAGAGCCACUACUGUUCUGGGCUACUUGCCACAGGAACUACUGGGGACGUCGUGUUAUGAGUACUUCCACCAGGACGACCUGCAACAACUUGCAGAGACACACAGGAAAGGUAAUGGAGAAUAGUUUGGUUGUCUUUGGUAUCUACUUAUAGGUGAGAACCAAAUGUUCUCCAAAUGUGCAGGUUGCUCAAACAGAUAUGAAAGAUAUUUCGGUUGCAGAUAUUGACCAGGUUCUUACUUAUGUUGCAUGGUAAAAUGGUAAUUACUAUGGCUGUGGCGGUCAUGACAUUUUGUCAGCCGGUGAUGGUCAAGCAAAUAACUGCAGGUCUCACAGUAAUUGACCGUUAAUUAACAUAAACAUUUGUAUCAUCUCCUGGCUUCCACACAUAGCCUGCAAGCCACUGAUGCAGACCUUUGGAACAUCUACAUUUAAAAAAGUCUAAUAAAUCCAUUAUUUAUUUAAGACAGGUCUAAAGAAACAUUUUAUAAGAAAAUGUAGCCCAUUUCAGAAGAACAGAAUAUCAUACACUGAGUUGUCCUUACAAGCAUUUCGCUACACCUGCAAUAACAUCUGCUAAAUAUGUGUAUGUGACCAAUACAAUUUGAUUUGAUGUUAGGUCCCUGAUCUGGCUAUGCCAUAUGGCUGUAGGCUACACUAGUUCAUUUAGCAGACAAGAUUUGCUUAGAAUUCCGUGUCAUUAUUUUAUAUAAUUUUAUAGUAUGAAGAAUACAAUUGAACGUAGCUGAAUAAAAUAUAAAUAAUAUUUUCUCCAAACGAUUUGAGGGAGUGCACACAUGCGGCUAUUCUGUGUUGAGAGGUUAACAAAGAAACAGGUACUCCUAUAUGCUUAAUUUAGAGUUAUUUAUGUAACUUUAGUUGUGAUACAAAUGUUGGGUUAUAUGUUUUGAUUUUUUUAUAUAUUCUAAGGCUGUACACACUUCAUCAGUCUCUCAUUCACAAUUUGACAAGCACUUGAUAAUGCCUCGAAUUUCCUGGCUGCAUCCCCUUUGUGUGGCUGUAAUGCCCCCUAAAAAAAUCCUUGCCUUUUUCGGCCAGUGGCCAUUGUGCCCUUGGGUUGAAUUUAAUAAUUAUAAUUCCCUUCUCCCGGCUGCGUGCUGAAGCACCUCUCACUCACAUGGAAGCACCUCUCACUCACAUGGCUCUCUGUCAUGUGAUCGUGUCUUUCUCACAGGCUACAAGUGGUCCUCUGUAGCUCAGCUGGUAGAGCACGGCGCUUGUAACGCCAAGGUAGUGGGUUCGAUCCCCGGGACCACCCAUAGACAAAAAAUAAAAUAAAAUGUAUGCACGCAUGACUGUAAGUCGCUUUGGAUAAAAGCGUCUGCUAAAUGGCAUAUUAUUAUUAUUAUUAUUAUAAGACAGACACAUUGGGGACGCAACUGCUUGUGUCUUUAUCCAAUUUCGAGGCGCAUAUUGGAGAUAUUGGAAGAACUGUCCACUUUUCAUCAGCCAACCAGAUGAGUAGGCCUAACGAACAGCAAAAGCACUAGCCUAUGUCAGUCUACUAUCCCCCAUAGUACAAAAGUUGAGCUAUUCUAUUCUGUGAGAGAAAUAAAUAUUCCAAACAUAGUCUGGGACAUUUGUGGGAUGCGAUAGAUCCCAAAUUAAUACAACCACUUGCAUCAAAAAAACUGUUUUAAGCAAGGCGCCUGAUGCAACAGAUGAGAACAUUUAGCUUAAAAUGCUGAUAAAGUAUUAUUUUCUUCACAUUAUAAGUGCAGCAAUGUGCACACGGCAGUAGGCUAUAAGCGCAAAUGUUUCAUUAGCAGGAAAACACCAUUCUAAAAAGUGACCACAAAUGCGAUUAUGCAUGUAAUACUUUUAUUAUAAAGGUGCAUUUUUAUGGUGGAAAUUAUCUUCCCCAAACUUGAAACUCACGCGCUGCGUAUGUAUGCCAGUUAGGCUCUAUACCCGUUGUAAAGCGGAUUAAUGUGCUUCAUUUUAAGAAGUUAUUUGGCCACUUUAGUUGUGAUACAAACCUUAUCAAAACAUAUAGGCCUAUGGGCUAGGCUACAUGAGGUGUGGGACUAUGAUUUGAAAAAGUUGCAAAAAAAACAUGCGCUGUUUCUUGCCUUAAACUGGUCAUCAUUCACAAGUGAUAGGCUAAUAUUUUCACCCAUCACACUAUUCUUGAUUUAAUCUUGUCUUUACAUAUAUAAAAUAAUAUAUGUGUGAAAUUUGUUAUGAUUUAGAAUGGACCAUUAUCAUGCACCUGUUUCGAAACAGGGGCAGCGGAAAAAAAUACAUGUAAUCUAUGCACUUAAAUAGCGAAUGGAGGACGCUUUUCCUGUGGUUCAUUUUCAUGCCAGCCAGGUAGGCUAUACUCCUGUUGUAAAGAGAAGCAAUGUGCUUAAUAUUAGAAAGCUGAGAAAUAACUAUAGUAGGCCUAGCCUAUAGAAAGCUGAUGGGUUCCUCCUCUUUUUAGUAGUGGCCAUCACUCUGUGUGAUUAGAUUUUCGAUGACGUUUGCAUUGAUGUCAGAGUGAUUAGAGGGACAAUGGAGUGCUGAGUACCAGGCAGUUAGCAAGUUUGGUAGGAUACUAAUGACCAUCAGCAGCAUCAGAGCUUGGAGAAGCCUAAUUACCGUGACUAAACGGCACGUGGAAUUUGACUGCCUUCAUGACUCGUGACCGCCGGUGUGGCGGUAAUACGGUCACCGUAACAGCCCUAGUAAUUACACCAUAAUAACCAAUGCUUACUUGUUUUUUUAUUGCGGGGCACAUUGCAGUGACAUAAAUGGCGUUUUGUGUCUCAACAGUUCUCCGCAGUAAAGAGAAGAUUGAGACCAGCUGCUACAAGUUCAAAACAAAACAUGGCUCCUUUGUCAUGCUUCAAAGUCAGUGGUUUAGUUUUAUAAACCCAUGGACCAAAGAAGUGGAGUUUAUUGUGUCAACCAACCAAGUUUUGUGAGUGCCUUUUCACAUUAGGUCUAGAUUGUGGGUUGAACGAUCUAUAAUGAUAUUCAGUAAAAUACAUUUAAUUUAAUAAUCUGCUUCGAGUCAAGACACAAGUUCAGUCAAAAUUGUCCCAUUUUGGUCCCAAAAUGUAGCUGUUGUUCGAGAGUCCUCUGCGUUAUACUAAUGACAUCAUACAAGGGAUGUACAAUAAUUUGUCGUCUGUUCCCUCUCCACACACAGGGGACCCGGUCACACAGAAGCUGAACAGCCGAGCAGCUCCAAGCUGUUGGAGGGUAAGGAAAGGAAUAUUUGUCCUGGUCAUUUUGGAUAUAACUCAGUUUGGGUGUGUGGACCGACCUCAGCUCACUGUCCUGACCCCUCCCUCUGUUACAGAAGAUGGCAAACGUACCAUACUUAUCCCUGGCAUCUCCAGUGGCAUGGCCACUAUGAUCUACGCUGGUAGCAUAGGGACCCAGAUAGCAAACGAGCUCUUGGACUCCAACAGGUGUGUUGCAUGUAUUAUGGCAUUGUUUUACAAUGCAAUAAAUGUACCGAUCUUGGAUGUUAAUUGGUCUCCACGUAGGCAACAGCAUGACCCAUAAUUCUGUGGUGGCAAUGGUUUGAUUAUUAAAACCAUUUUCACUGAAGGUUUCUGUCAGAGCUUUCUUUGGCAACCAGGAGGAAGCUGGUACUUGUACAGUCAGCUUACAUCGUUUUUUUGUUUUAUUGGCCCAUGACCUUGAACAUUUUGUUACAUUAGUUCUGCUUUCUUUCACUGCCAAAAUGUCACUGUUUCAUAGACGAUGUCUCUGUGUCUGUGCAGGGUCAACUGUUCUCCAUCCAGUGGAAACUCCAGUCCCUUCUGUCCACCUCAGGACAGGUCUCCAAAGGUCUCCUCUCAUGCCAAUGUGAGUCACCUUACCUACCUCCCCUCUCAUCCUACAGUGUCUUUAGGACCCUAGGUAGUAGUUGCAUGUUGACUAUAAAACUUUAAAAAACACUUUUUCAAAACUAUUUUCAUUACGGCAUAAAGGGAGAGAGUAUGGUGUUUUUUUUACAUGCAUAACCACUGGAGGUCUCCCUAUGAACACAUGCCUUGCGUAGAUUAAACACUUUUAAGCUGAAUGUAAUGUUUUGAUGUACUUUAACUUACCAAUUACCAGGGUAAAUAUUACCCCUCAUAUUAGGUGCGCUUGAAAAGUUUUGUAAAUGGAACUUUGUAUCAAAAAAUCUAGAGAAAAACUGUUCUGUAUUAUUAUGUACCCACUUGUCCUCUUGCAGAUGCCAAAUGAGGAGGUGACUGAUUCAGAUACAGUGAGCAAGUCUGGAUCAGAGUCUGCUUCAAAGGGGGCCACAUACGCUGGCAGCGACACACAUAUGGACACAGGUAGUUACCAUUCAAAGCAUAUACAAAGUAAACUUAAAAGCAAUGCAUUUACAUGAUCUUUAAUUUACCUAGACUGUUAUCAAUCAGACAAUUUUAAGUGUAUAUUUGGGUUACUUAGUUAUACUUAGAGUUAUACUUUGUUAGCAUACGACUGACAUAACUUUGAGUAUUGGUUGAUUUUGAUGACAGCCCGUUCUCCUCCCCCAGGAGAGAGCUCCCAGAUGGACCUGGACAGCAUGGUGGGACCAGGCCUUGGUACCCUGAGCAAUGAUGAGGCUGCCAUGGCCGUCAUCAUGAGCCUGCUGGAGACUGAUGCCAACCUGGGGGACGCAGUAGACUUUGACAACAUGCACUGGUCUCACUAGCAGAGAUUCAAAUGCCAUCAAUUCAGGAGAAGAAUUGAGAUUCCAAUUCAAGAAUUGAAAAAUGAUAUUUAUUCUUAGGUACAUUACUUCAUUAAUUUAUUUAAGCAUUUUCAAAGAGGAUUUCAUUGAAUUCCUGAAUUGGGAUUUCAAUUCACUCCCAGAAUUGAAAUGGAAUUGACCC